AUGUCUGCAUCGCAGCAACAGCCCGUGGCGAGCGGCUCGUCAUCAAGCGCACAACCUGCAGAAUCAUCAUCUUCACAACAACAAGAAGUGAAGACUUGCGCACAGUGCGGCAAGCCAGAAGAAGAUCCAGAGGAAAAGCCUCUCAAAGCUUGUACGACAUGCAAAUCCGUCCACUACUGCUCAAGAGAGUGUACCAAAGCACAUUACAAAGUGCACAAGAAGGAAUGCGCAAAGUUGGCUCAAGAGUACUCCAAAACUGCAGUAUUCAAGCCUGCUGUGAGGAGUUCGGCGCCUAAGGAAGGUUUCAAGGGUGGUCUUCAGAAGUGGCAGUUUGACACUUAG